AUGCGCCUUUUCCUAAUUCCCAUCUCGACAAAACGAGUUCUCGUAUAUGCUCGACCUCUUAACAAGGAUUUAGCGAAAGAGCUUUCAAUCCUUGAUAGGAUCACAACAAAGGCGGCUGAAACAUGGGCGAAGUGGGAGGAAGCUGACAAAGGAUGGAAGAUGCACCUUGUUAGAUGGGGCAAUCGAGUCCAGCAACGGAUACCAUACGAAGAAUGGGCCCUCAAAAGCAUUCCUUCAUUCAAAACUCAGCUACGAAUUAAUGGAGAUCAUGGAAAGACCAAGGUUGAUGUGUUGUUCCCCGGUAACGCGGUGCGGUUGGACCGAAUCCAGCAAGUGGUGCGCACGAUCGCCACGGAGAGGCAGGAACUUCACCGGAAGAGGAUGAUGUGGAGCUUGAUUGCUGCACCGAUUACAGCACCUUUUGGGUUGAUUCCAGUGGUUCCGAAUAUUCCCUUUUUCUAUGUGGCAUACCGGGGCUGGUCCCACUGGCGUGCAUUGAAUGGCUCAAGACAUCUAGAAUUCCUCGUUGAGAAGAAUCUCCUCAACCCCGUCUCAUUACCGGAGCUAGAACAGCUAUAUGCCAAACGCGCAUCUCAAACACUUGAAGGUACCACGACCGACACAUCAUAUUCCGAGGUUGCCGAGGACAUAGAGCAGAGUGAGGAUCGGAUCCUGUUGAAGAUGUCUGAUGCCAAGAAGUUGGCUACGAUCUUUGAAGCACCGGAGCUUGUGUUGGAAGCUGAACGAGCAAUUAUUCAAGUGAAUGAGCAGCUUGAGGCUGCAGCAAGGGCCAAGGAAGAUAUGAAAGAUGAGAAGAAGGAUUCAUAA